CGGCCCUGGGGAAGUGCACACGGAGCCUGGUGUUCGACUCCCGCCGGGGCUGCGGAAGACGACAGUGAUCAUGGCGAUGUUUGAGCAGAUGAGAGCGAACGUGGGCAAGUUGCUGAAGGGUAUCGACAGGUAUAACCCAGAGAACUUGGCUACCCUGGAGCGGUAUGUGGAGACACAGGCCAAGGAAAACGCCUAUGACCUGGAGGCCAACCUAGCCGUCCUGAAACUGUACCAGUUCAACCCAGCCUUCUUUCAGACCACAGUCACCGCGCAGAUCCUACUGAAGGCCCUCACCAACCUGCCCCACACCGACUUCACUCUGUGCAAGUGCAUGAUUGACCAGGCACACCAAGAAGAGCGGCCCAUCCGACAGAUCCUGUACCUCGGUGACCUGCUGGAGACCUGCCACUUCCAAGCCUUCUGGCAAGCCCUGGAUGAGAACAUGGACCUGCUGGAAGGCAUAACUGGCUUUGAAGACUCUGUCCGAAAAUUUAUCUGCCACGUGGUGGGCAUCACGUACCAGCGUAUCGACCGCUGGCUGCUGGCGGAGGUGCUUGGAGAUCUGACCGACAGCCAGCUGAAGGCGUGGAUGAGCAAGUACGGCUGGAGCGCCGACGAGUCCGGGCAGAUCUUCAUCUGCAGCCAGGAGGAGAGCAUUAAGCCCAAGAACAUCGUGGAGAAGAUCGACUUUGACAGUGUGUCCAGCAUCAUGGCCUCCUCCCAGUAACUGUGUGCAUUUAAUAAAGCUGUGCUCACUCCA